AUGGCCUAUAAUCGCUGCGUAGAUGGUGUUUCUGUCUGGCCACAAUCGUUGAGGCGUUAUUUCGUCACCAUUCACCUUCGUGACGUUGACGGCAAUGGCCAACCGCUACUGCUGGGUAACAGCGUGUUUCAAGCACUGAAGUAUAUGCCGCGACUGACGACACUUACCGUGCGUGCCACAUCCCCUUCCCUCCCCUCUGAUUUUGUGGACUUGUUGGCUGAGCUGACAUCACUAUCUGUUUUGGAGCUUCACCAAACAAGGCUGGAUGCGCCGCGCCAGCUCCGUGGCCCUGUGAUGUUGUCGGCUCUGCACUCCCUCGUCAUCCGCACUUCGGGCUUCUUUGCCAUCUGUCGGCCUCCGGACCUCGAUGUACAGAUGGAGCAAGCCAAUAUUCAGUCUUUCCUAGCUGCUGUCUCGGGCCAGCUCUGCGCCCUCACAGUAUCUGGGGACCUAAUUUCGGCGUCAUUCGCCGCCAUAUCGUGGCCCAAGUUGACGAGUUUCUCCAUAACGGAACACCCGCCUGUGCAGCAAAUGCACCUGCAUCAACUAGUCGGACGGAUGCCACUACUCGACACGCUCCAUGUCUUGUUUACGGCGGACCUCGCCAACAACCGGCUCCCGCCUUUCUCGCUAACAGAGGCGGAGGGUGACCUGGCAUACAUGGACCAGCUGACGACAGUGUCCAUCUCCAACGUGGCUUUCUCUGACCCUGUUUUUUGCCAUCUCCCACCGAUGCUGCUGCAGCUUCAUCUAAUUGCACUGGGUGAUGUAUUCGAUGCUCAGGUGCCCCGCCAUCGGCGCAACCGCUUCCGGCACUCCAAUACGUGGGAGGCUCGGAUGAAUUCCACGGAGGCGCAACAGUUUCUCAGAGGCCUGGGAACGUUCUCGCAGCUCUCCAUACUCUCUAUCGCCCUCUCCUCACAAGGCCCAGGGGAACUGAUUGCAUCAAUCGCAGCCGUGGCGCCGCAACUUCGCGAUCUGGCCAUCCACUGCCUCCCUCAUGACAACAACCCACUGGUGCUGAUCGAUUUCGAGGGCCGUGCCCAGGCCAUAUUCGCGGAGCUGCGCCUCUUCCACGGCCUCGAGAGCAUCACGUGGGGGCUGCAGUAUAUCACGCAUGAGGCCCACCCUGGCCCGCCGUCGCACGCUGCAUACCGCCACUUCAGAGAGGUGCCCGGCCUGCAGUGGGUCACGUACAUCUUCGGAGGGUAUUUCGACACAAUCCCAAGUGCUCCGCUCGUGUUUUCCUGGGAGCGCGGCAUGCUUCUCCACCCCGAGCCCCCACGCAUAAUCAACACCAUCCGGAGCGCUUCUCCUAUCAUGAUGUGA